AUGACUACUGAAACCAUGCCAUCCAUUUCUGAAGAAGAGAUCUUAGCAUCAUACCCACAAAUCAGUCAACCAACCCAAUUGACUGGAUUCACAUCCAACUUAACAGAAGAACAGAAAAGUAUCACUAUUGAAUUACGUAAACAAUUGGUUGCAUUAGGCUACAAGGAUAGGUUGGAUGAUGCAUCUCUUUUGAGAUUCUUGAGAGCUAGGAAGUUUGACUUAAACUUGGCCAAACAAAUGUUUAUUGAUUGUGAAAAGUGGAGACAAAGUUUUGGUACAAACACCAUUUUGAAGGAUUUCCAUUAUGAAGAAAAGCCAAUUGUUGCCAAAAUGUAUCCAACUUAUUAUCACAAGACUGACAAAGAUGGACGUCCGGUCUAUUACGAGGAAUUGGGUAAAGUUGAUUUACACAAGAUGUUGAAAGUCACAACCCAAGAAAGAAUGCUUAAAAACUUGGUUUGGGAAUAUGAAAACAUGGUUCAAUACCGUUUACCUGCUUGUUCAAGAAAAGCUGGCUAUUUAGUUGAAACUUCAUGUACUGUAUUGGACUUGUAUGGAAUCUCCAUAUCAUCUGCAUAUAAUGUCAUUGGUUACGUUAGAGAAGCUUCCAAAAUUGGUCAGGAUUAUUACCCAGAAAGAAUGGGUAAAUUUUACUUAAUCAAUGCUCCAUUUGGUUUUGCAACUGCUUUCAAAUUAUUCAAACCAUUCUUGGAUCCAGUUACUGUGUCCAAAAUUCAUAUCUUGGGUUACUCAUAUCAAAAGGAAUUGUUGAAACAAAUUCCACCUCAAAACUUGCCCAAGAAAUUUGGUGGUGCUGAUGACAUUAGCGAUGAUGACUUACUUUUGAAAGACGUUGGCCCUUGGAGAGAUCCACAAUUUAUUGGUCCUGAAGGCGAAGCUCCAAGAGCUUACGAUAUAUAA